AUGAGGACUCUACCGGUGGCCGCCGGCCGCGGGGCUGUCGCCUGCGCCGCCACGCCCGUCCCCCGGAGGUCGCUGCUCCUCUCCACCGCUGCCGCAGGUGCGGCGCUGCAGUCCGAGCAGGUGCCCGGGACGAGGCCGUUGACGCUGACCAGGAACGUGGCCGGCGCCGGCGCGGCGGCAAAGAUCCGGGCCUCGGCGGAUGCCGCGCAGGCGGCCACCUUCGCCAGCACGGACGAGGCCUUCUCGUGGGCAAAGAAGGACAACCGCCGGCUCCUCCACGUCGUCUACCAGGUCGGCGACCUCGACAAGACAAUCAAGUUCUACACUGAGUGCCUGGGGAUGAAGCUGCUCAGGAAGAGGGACAUACCAGAGGAGAAGUACACCAACGCGUUCCUAGGAUACGGCCCCGAGGAAUCGCAUUUCGUCGUCGAGCUCACUUACAAUUACGGGGUCGACAAAUAUGAUAUUGGCGCAGGUUUUGGCCAUUUCGGUAUCGGAGUCGAGGAUGUGGCCAAGACAGUAGAGCUCAUAAGAGCAAAGGGAGGCAAGGUCACCAGGGAGCCCGGUCCUGUCAAGGGCGGCAAGACCGUCAUCGCCUUCGUGGAGGACCCUGAUGGCUACAAGUUUGAGAUCAUUGAGAGGCCUGGAACUCCAGAGCCCUUGUGCCAGGUGAUGCUCCGCGUCGGCAAUCUUGACCAUGCCAUAAGCUUCUAUGAGAAGGCCUGCGGCAUGCAAUUACUCCGGAAGCGAGAUAACCCUGAAUACAAGUACACAGUGGCAAUGAUGGGUUACGGCCCUGAAGACAAGAACGCGGUGCUGGAGCUGACCUACAACUAUGGUGUCACCGAGUAUGCCAAGGGGAAUGCAUAUGCCCAGAUUGCCAUUGGCACCGAUGAUGUCUACAAGACCGCGGAGGUGGUGAAGCUGUCCGGAGGGCAGGUGGUGCGGGAGCCAGGGCCCUUGCCGGGGAUCAACACAAAGAUCACAUCCAUCCUGGACCCUGAUGGCUGGAAAUCGGUGUUCGUCGACAACAUCGACUUUGCCAAGGAACUGGAGUAG